AUGGACCUAGAUGCUGCUCUUUCACCAGUUUUAGAGGCACUGGUUCCUCACGCGUUAUCUGAUGUAUCAUUGAGGUCAUUAUUACGUGAACUGUCGCUACUGCUACGAUCCCCUGCUAAAUCAAGCGCACAUUUACAAACAAUUUUACAAGUAUACAAGGAUCAGCUUCCAUCGACCAUUGAGAACAAUGCAUCUUGGCAAAAACUAGAGAAUCUACUGUUGCCGUUAUGUUCACUCAAAAAAAACGAUGAUAUUACCAAAUAUCUAUCUGUAUUUCAAUCAAUGCUCUCUCCUGGCUUACCGUCUCCUGAUGGGAGAAAUCAGAGGUACUCGUAUCAAGGCCCUAACAGAAAUUUAAAUUCUCCAUUUAACCCAACAAUCAGUCCGAACAGAGCACAUAGCGUUUAUUCAGAAUCGUUCGAGAAUUUUGAUCGUUAUUCCGACAAAAGAUCGUUACCAUCGGUAUAUAAGGACAACCGAACGAUAAAUAAUACGAUCACUUUACGUGAACUAUCUGAUCAAUAUUACAGAAAUAUGGUCCCCCAAGACGUAAUGUUAAGAUACGCAGCAUAUACGUUAGUAGCUACCACUUCUGACAUGUUUCCCAUGGAUUUUAAUGUAAUUCAAAUACCGUCAAACAUUCCAAACUCAGAUAGUGCUAUGUUACACUUGAUCUUUGAAGCUGGAUUAUUAUACCAAUCCUUAAACCUAAUUGUCAAUCAGCAUAAAUCUAGUAAUAUAUCCCCAAUCAAGAAAGCACUAAUUAUACACUUAAGCAAAGAAUUACGAAAGUAUACUGCAUUUAUUAAUAAUCUGACCAUCUCAAAUAAUCUUACCUCUUUGAAAGCCCUCUAUAUCGAAUUGUUUGAAUACGUUUCGGUACUAAGAAUUUAUUUUCAGUUUAUGGAGCACUUUGAAGCAACUUCAGGUGACAUGUAUCUUUCCGAAUUCCAUUCCUGGAAAUCACAUGGAGAUUUAUUGGUCAGCCGUGUAGCUACAGAAUUGUUUGAUUGCUUAUUAUCCCUCUAUUUUGAGUAUUUAUUUAAUUGGCUUGUAGCUGCAAAGGUUGAAUCGACAUUUAAUGACUUUUUCAUAAAAGUACAAGAUAAUCAUGAUGAAAAGAUCAAUAUCAUACCUGUAACACUAAUUAGCGAAAAAUUACCACAUUUCCUGGAUGGUGAAAUGGGCAAUAAAAUUUACAUCAUUGGAAAGACAUAUAUCUUCCUUACAAAAUAUUGUAAAGAAUUGGAAAAAUCCAAUGAGUUCGCAAAAAAAUAUUCAGUAAUAUAUUCAAAUUUAUUGCAUAACGGUAUAUCAAAUGAACUUUUCAAUACCAUUAAUCAACAAUAUGAUGAAAUUUUACAAAUUACCCACACACUUUUAUGUGAAAAAUUCCAUUAUAAAAACAUGCUGUAUGCUUUGAAGGAUUUUCUACUAAUGGGCAAAAGUGAUCUUAUAGAAAUUUUGACUAAAAAGGCUAUAGAUCUAUUAAUGUCUCCAGCAACGACAAUUCAAGGGUAUAGAUUAACAAGUUCACUACAAGAAGCUGUUCAACAAUCAUCAAUAAACCAUUGGAUUAAUCAAACCGACAAAAAUUUUAUUAUAAAUGGAUUAGAUGCACGAGUAUUAGAUAUGGGUCAUGGUUCUGUUGGUUGGGAUAUAUUUACUCUGGAUUAUAACAUGGAACCACCAUUGUCUUUAGUGCUAAAUGUGAACAGAGAAGGUGGUAAGAAGGAAUAUUUAAGAAUCUUUAACUUUUUAUGGAGAUUUAAGAAGAACGCAUAUUUUUUCAAUGAUGAGAUGUUGAGGUCCAAUGAAUUGUUGAAGAUGCUGAGCAAAAUAAGGGUAGGAAACCCACUAGCUAAAGAUAUACUUACCAAAUUAUCCAAAUUUUGCAUUCUACGAUCCAAGUUGCACCAAUUUAACAGCAUGAUGGAAUCAUAUUGUCUCAAUUUCAUUAUUGAAAAAGAAUUCAAUACUUUGGAAUCCAAAUUGAACUCCACUGAAAACGAUAUCAUUCUCCUUGGCAACAAAUUUUCAGAAUCAGAUACAACAACACCUAUUCAAAAGCCAAUGAAAGAUAUACUACACUUGACAGUUGACAGUGAAAGGAACAAUAAUGGAAAUCAAGUUAUCAGACGAACCAAUUCUAAGACGUUAUUGAAUAUUGACGAACUUGAUAAUGCGCACAACACUUUUUUACAUAGCGUUCGUUCUCAUAAACUUCUACUUGCUAAUUCUGAUAGUAAUAUCGGGACAUAUUCAGGUAAUCCAUACCCAAUCUCGUUAAUGAUAAUCAUGGAAACUGUUUUCAAGUUUAUUGAAUUUUAUUCUAAAUUGAAUGAUAUAUCUGAAAAAGUGUUAAUUCAAUUGAAUUUAGCAGAUACGGGAAAUUUAGGUGACCUACUGACUCAGUUCACGUCAGCAUCCUUGAGUACAGUACAAGAAUAUAAGAGAUUUAACCAUCAACUUUAUGUUUUUUGCAAAGAUUUGAAAUCUGACGAUGAAGAUGAUUUGCGUGUAUUAAGCAGGAUGUUAAGGUAG